CGUUGCAUGUGUUUUUCUGAGGCUUCUCUGUGUGUGUGUAUCCAUGCUUCUUCUUGCGCUUAGUCUACCCAUCCCAUCUGCCUGCCUGCACGUCGUGCCUCUACGAAAAAAAAGGACUUCCAUCUUAGUGACAACAGUGACUUAGGUAUCGAAAACAUUUUCAUGAUUUGUAUAGAACAAUGUUUUUCUCGCAAGACAUUCUAAAAAAACGUGGGGGAAAGUUUGGAAUCGUUUGGAUUGCUGCCACAAAAUGUAGGUCAGUUUCCCUGUCAAAAAGAGAUUACUUCACUGUCAGCAUAUCCAAGACAUGUGAUGAUAUCAUGAAGUAUGUAUGCCUGAAGGCUGAGCCAGUGAAACAUCAUGGAGCACACCCACGUCUUUCUCUCUACUUAUCUUCACAGCUUAUGUUUGGUGUAGCUAAAGUCUAUGAGAAACAGAUUGAUUAUUUCAGUGCAAAGUAUAGAAUGAAGCAUACCUGGCUUCUUCGGCGGAUUAUCAUCAUGACACUUCGGUGGAGACAAUGGGUCUGGCGCUAUCAGCGAGAAGUCCUCGAUGUGGUCUGCAACUUCUUUCAGAGCGUCAAACACUGGCUGGAAUGAAGUCUCUAUACUGAACCUACAGGGGAAAAACAAAAUUAGAGUAUGUUACAUACACUUGAACAGUCAUGACAAGAUUUUAAAAAAAAAUUUGGGUCGAACCGUACGCUCCCUCAUGCUUUCAAUAAA